AUGCCGAAGCUGACGGCUCUUCCCAAUGGCGGCGUCAGGAUGCAUGAUUCCGCGCCGUUUCGCCAAGUGCGGUCCGCCAUUGAGAUUGGCCGAGAUCCGGAUGCUCUGUUGUCGGAUGACGAUUGGUUGAGAUAUGCGCAGAAGAAGCAUGCGAUAUUCUACGACCCGCUGGUCAAGCUGGCGUUCCAAGUGGCUGCUGACGCUCACCAAGGCCAGUUCCGCAAGAGCGGUCAGCCAGUCGUCUCCCACUGCGUGGAGACGGCGCUCAUCCUCGCUGGCAUCGGCGCCGACAAAGUCGUCGUCGCCGCGGGCCUGCUGCACGACGUCAUCGACGACACUGCGACGUCGGAGCAGGACCUGCGCGACAUCUUCGGCGACGAGAUCGCGUCGCUCUUCGCCGGCGUCAGCAAGCUGUCGCUCGUCUCGCAGCUCACGCGCGACAGCUCGCGACAGCUGACGACGUGCGAAAUCGACAACCUUCGCACGAUGUUCGUCGCGAUGGCGGACGUUCGCGUGGUCCUCGUGAAGCUCGCGGAUCGCAUGCACUGCCUGCGCACCAUCGACGCGCUUCCCGCCAAAACCCAGCAGCGCAUCUCCCGCGAGACGCUGGACGUGUUCGCGCCGCUGGCGAACCGGCUGGGCAUCUGGUCGUGGAAGGCGGAGAUCGAGGACGCGUGCUUCCGCUGCCUGCACCCGCGCGAGCACGCGGACCUGCUCGCGGAGCUCGACCGCACCAGCAGCGGCGGCGGCAGCAGCAGCAGCAGCAGCAGCGGCGCGAACAGCAGCAGCGGGUUUACUAGCAGCGUUGCGGGGUGUGCUGGCAGUAGGAGUGCGGGUGGGGCGGAAGAGGGCGGUGCGGGGAGCGGCAGCGGGAGCGGCGGAGGCGGAGAGGCGAGCGUGAUGGCGGCGAUCCGACGGCUGAGCGCGGCGCUGGAGGCGAAGGGGGUGCAGUUCGAGGACCUGAGCGGGCGGCCGAAGAAUCUCUACAGCAUCUUCAACAAGAUGACCAAGAAGGGGCGGUCACUCCACGAGAUCAUGGACGUGCGCGGGCUGCGCCUGAUCGCGGCGGACGAGGCGGCGUGCUACGACGCGCUCGCCGUGGUGCACUCGCUCUGGGCGCCGUGGGCGGGGCGGCACCUCAAGGACUACGUGCGCGCGCCCAAGCCCAACGGCUACCAGUCGAUCCACUCGGUGGUGUGCGGUGACGAUGGGUUGCCGCUGGAGGUGCAGAUCCGCACGCCCGCGAUGCACCACCAGGCGGAGUUCGGCGUGGCGGCGCACUGGCGGUAUAAGGAAGCGGGGUUCCGUGACAAUAACGGGGAUAAAGCACUCGGGAAAGAGAAGAGUAGCAGCAGUAGUAGAAAACAGGAGGGUAAAGGGUCCUCCUCCUCCUCCUCUUCCUCCUCCUCAUCCUCCCCAGGUCCGUCGCCAGCGGUGCUGGCGAAGAUAGAAUGGGUGCGGUACGUUUUGUCGUGGUACAGUGAGAUGAGCGACACCAAGCUGCGCCUCUCCCCGCCCUCCAAGCGCCUGUCGCCCUCGUCUCUCUACCUCGCCAGCAUGGCCGCCGUGGGAUGCGGCGCUCCCGCCACUGCCGCCACUGCCACCGCCGCCUCCUCCCCCUCCUGCUCCCCCUGCUCCUCCCCCUCCUGCUCCACCCCAACCUCCUGCUCCCCUGGUGGUGCAUGCGGCACUGACUGUGAUGAAGCUUCCUCCGAGCUGCACGAGCGGUGCCCCUUCCCGGAGCACCUGGAGUCGUGCCGCUUCCGCACCUUCCCCUUCAGCAGCUCGCCAACAAGCCCAUUACCUGCAGGGGGUGCUUUUGCAGCGAGCAUAGCGCCUGGGGGAGGAGUUGCGUUUGCAGCGGCGGGCGCGCCGUUUUCAAGUGCGCCGGUGCCGCCAGCAGCAGCAGCGUUGGAGGACGAGGAGAUCUACGUGCUCGUCAUGGACGGCGAUAGC